UCUAAACCUGCAACCAUGAGCUGUUCGCAUCUUUCCACUCUCGCUUCUCUCCAGGCUCCUCGACUGUCACAGUCCGUGCAUCGUGAGGAGUGCACACAGUGCUUUGACAAUCAGGACGAUCCGCUAGGUGUCGAUGUAUGCUUGAGCUGCUUCAAUGGUGGCUGCUCUGGAGACAGGCACCAUAUACGUACUCAUCUUCAAAAAUCGGGCCAUCGCUUUACCCUCAAUGUCAAACGCAAACUCAAGCCGUCGACAAAAAGGGUCGAAGAUGAAGAGCCACCUGCGAAGAUAUCCAAGCUGGCGAUCCCAGAGGAAAAGGAGGAGGACAAGUACGAUCAUUCGACAGUUGUGAAAUGUUGGACGUGCGAUGUCGAGAAGGGGCGCGAGAUUCCAGAAGCUUUCAACGACGCUAAGGUCAAAUCCCUAGCUGAUGAAGUGAUGCGCUCGCUCUCAUCCGCGCGUCAAUCUGAAGUCAAAGCAUGGGAGGAGGAAUUCGAGGCUUGCGAACACACCCUCAUGCUGCAGCAAGUCAGCGCCGGCGCGAUUCCUGCUUCUGGCCUUGCCCACUGCACCGCAUGUGAGCUGACAAACAAUCUCUGGCUUUGUUUAACAUGUGGGUCCCUUGGAUGUGGUCGGCCAUUGUACGGUGUUGCGAAUGCUGGCAACGGGCAUGGGGUUCGACAUUACGAAGAGACCGGUCAUCCUGUCAGCGUCAAACUUGGGACAAUCACACCUGAAGGAGGAGCAGACAUCUUCUGUUACAAGUGUGAUGACGCCAAACUCGAUCCAGACCUUCCUCUCCAUCUCUCUACCUUCGGAAUCAAUAUUUCAACAGCUCAAAAGACGGAGAAGAGCAUGACGGAGAUGCAAAUCGAACACAACCUCAAAUACGACUUUUCAUUAACAUCGGAAGAUGGAAAGGCACUAGAGCCCGUAUUCGGAGCUGGCUUGACCGGCUUGUCCAACUUGGGCAACAGUUGUUAUAUGGCGUCGGUGCUCCAGACCUUGUUUUCCCUCCCCGGUUUCAAGACCCGCUACUUCUCAGCCACCUCGACGACGGAUCAUGCUUCUCAGUGUCCCGAGCAACUUCCUGCAGACUGUGUCGAAUGCCAAAUGCGAAAAGUUGCCGACGGGUUACUCAGCGGACGCUACUCUCACCCUGGGCACGGUGCUUCCACCAGUGCAAAUGAUCCUGUUUUCCAAGAAGGCUUGCGACCGGCUGGUUUCAAGGCUCUCAUUGGUAAAGGACACUCAGAGUUUUCGACGAUGAAGCAGCAAGAUUCAGAGGAGUUCCUUGGUCAUUUGCUAACGGUUUUACGACGAGAUGCACACAAGUACAAGGAUCGAGCUGCUGGUGAUAUGACCACGGUGUUCACCUACGGAUUAGAACAACGUUUGGAAUGCAAUGUCUGCAGUAAAGUGAGCUAUCGCGUAGAUUCGACGGACGUCUUGAGCGUUCCCGUGACCGCGAUAGAGCAAGGAAAAGACGCAGAUGGGAAGAUAAUCUACUCGCCAAUCACACUCGAGUCUUGUGUGGACACCGUUCUGACACCCGAACUGUUGGAAUACAGCUGUCCGUCUUGUAACAAGAGCGUGCAUGCUUCAAAACAAGCCAAGUUUGCGACCUUCCCAGAGGUGCUCGUAGUCCACGCGAAGAAAUUUCAGCUUGUCAACUGGGUACCCACCAAACUUGAUAUUCCGUUGAUUUUGCCGGAAGGAGAUGCGUUGGUAUUUGGUACUCAGCAUCUUGGCACCGGCUUGCAGGCAGGCGAAGUAGAGCUUCCGAGCGUUGCUGCCGCUGCCGCCGUGCCUGAAUUCAAUGUUGCUGCGAUGGCACAACUUGAAGGAAUGGGUUUCUCGACAUUGCGUAGCCAAAAGGCAUUGCUAGCAACAGGAAACUCCGAUGCGGAAGCGGCGAUGGAGUGGUUGUUUGUCCAUCUAGAGGAUCCAGACAUCGACGCGCCGGUACAACACUCUGCUGGAGGCGGGGCUGGACCAGAGCCAUCGCCCGAGCAAAUUUCAAUGCUGACGGAUAUGGGUUUCAACGCAGCACAAGCAAAGAAGGCAUUACGAGAGACGUCUGGCAACACCGAGCGUGCUGUCGAGUGGCUCUUCAACCACCCAGAUGACAUGGACUUGGACGAUGGACCAGCCGCAACGUCAUCUGUCCCAGCCGAGCCUGCCGUUGUUCCCGGAUCAAAAUCAGUCCCAGUACAAUACCGGCUCAAGGCCUUCAUCUCACACAAAGGACCGUCCGUCCACUCUGGCCAUUAUGUUGCACAUAUUCAGACGCCAGAAGGAUGGGUGUUGUUCAACGAUGAGAAGGUCGUCAAGGCUGAUGCGGAAAGUGUGAAGGAGUUGAAGAAGUUGGCAUAUUUGUACGUUUUCGAGAGGGUAUAG